GCGGAAGUAAUCGGUGUAUCACGGGAAAAAAAAACACGUGUUUAGCGUGGAGCGUGAUGUGUACACACUGAAUCCGUGUGCGUCUGUAAAUAAAGCCUCAUCAUGUCGUCUAAGAAACAGCCGGGCGCUGACGAGCGCUUCGCCCGCGUCAAGAAGGACCCGCGUUUCUGGGAGAUGCCGGAGGUGGAGCAGAAGGUGCGCAUCGACAAGCGCUUCCAGUCCAUGUUCCACGACGAGCGUUUCAAGCUGAAGUACACGGUGGACAAACGCGGCCGUCCCGUCAACCACACGUCCACCGAGGACCUGAAGCGCUUCUACAAACUGUCUGACUCGGAGCAGAGCGACUCUGACGCCGAACAGGAGAAGCAGGAGAAGAAGAAGAAAACAAAGAAGAAGAAAGCAAAAGCAAAUGAGGAUGAGGUUCAGGAUGAAGAGGAGGAGGAGCUUGUAAAGGGGGAGGAGGCUUUGACUAAGAAAGCGGUCAUGAAGAAGUCCAAGGAGGGUGAGAAGUUCGGGAGAGGACAGAAGGUUAAAGAAGCGAGACUCAUGGAGGAAGAUGAUGAUGAGGAGGAUGAGGAGGAUGAUGAUGAAGAAUAUAGUGACACCGAUGAUAAAGGAGUAGGUCUCUCUGAGGAUGAUGAAGUCGAAGAAGAGGACGAUGAUGAUGAAGAUGAGGAAGACGAUGAAGAUGAGAGUGAGUCGGAGGACGACAGUGACAGCGGUCCUGACCUGGCUCGAGGGAAAGGCAACAUCGAGACAAGCUCCGAGGAAGAAGAUGAGGAGGAGGACCAGGAUGAUGAGGUGGGGGACUUGAUGCGUCAUGAGGAAGAGGAGAUUGAACACGACUGGGGGGAGAUGUGGAAGGACGCGCCGCGCACAGAGGAGGUCAGUUGCAGGUUAGCAGUGUGUAACAUGAACUGGGACCGGAUCAAAGCUAAAGACCUGCUCGCUUUGUUCAACUCCUUUAAACCUAAAGGAGGAGUGGUGCUGUCAGUCACGAUCUACCCCUCGGAGUUCGGUAAGGAGCGUCUGAAGGCGGAGCAGACUCAGGGCCCUCUGGAGCUCACUAGUCUCCCAGACGACCCAGACGCAGACACUGAGGAACAGAGGAUCUACCGAGAGAAGGUGCGGGAUUACCAGUUUAAGCGUCUGCGGUAUUACUACGCCGUGGUGGAGUGCGACUCGCACGAAACUGCCGCCAAAAUCUACGAGGAGUGCGACGGCUUUGAGUACGAGAGCAGCUGCUCCACGCUGGACCUGCGGUUCAUCCCCGACAGCAUGACGUUUGAUGACGAACCCAAAGACCGAGCGACGGACGUGGAUUUGUCCACCUACCAGCCAAAACUCUUCACCUCCACCGCCGCCACCACGGCUAAGGUGGAGUUGACGUGGGACGAGACGGAUCACGAUCGCAUCACCACCCUGAGUAAGAACUUCAACAAAGACGAGCUGCUGAAUAUGGACUUCCAGGCCUACCUCGCUUCCUCCAGUGAGGACGAGGACGAAGAGGUCGAGGCGGAAGAGGUGAAGCCCGCAGUGUCCGUGAAGGAGGAGGAGAAGAAAGGAGGGAAGAAGGGAAAGAAGGAGGACGAGCAGAUCGCUAAAUACCGCCAGCUGCUGCAGAGCAUCCAGGAUAAAGAGGGGAGAGGGAAGGACAAGGACAUGGAGAUGGAGAUCACCUGGGUACCUGGGUUAAAGGAGAACGCGGAGCAACUGGUGAAGAAAAAGCUGGAGGGGAAAGACAAACUGACACCGUGGGAGGAGUUUCUGGAGAAGAAAAAGGAAAAGAAGAAAGAUAAGAGGAAAGGAAAGAAGGAAGCCGAGGCCCAUCAUGACGUUGCUAUCAGUGAUGAUGAACUCCCUCCUGACGUUGACCUCAAUGACCCCUUCUUCUCUGAAGAUCUGGGAGGAUCUACUGACGCAGCUCAGAAAGUCAAGAAGUCGAAAAAAAACAAAAAGGGCGAAGAGAAACUCACGGCGGAGGAGGAGGCGGAGCUAGAGAAGCAGAAGGCUGAAAUAGCGCUCCUGAUGGAUGACGACGAAGAUGAAAAGCAGCGGCACUUUAACUACGACCAGAUCGUAGAGCAGCAGAACCUGAGUAAGAAGAAGAGGAAGAAGCUCCUGAAGAGCAACACACUGCCGGAGGAGGACAGCUUCAAGGUGGACUUGCAGGACCCGCGUUUCCAGGCCAUGUUCACGUCCCACCUGUACAAUCUGGACCCCUCAGAUCCCGCCUACAAGAAGACUAGAGGUACUCAGAGCAUCCUGGAGGAGAAGCAGAGACGGCGGGAGGAGAAGCAGCGCGGCCAGCAGGAGGCGCUCCAGAGCCAGGAGAAACCUGGACGGAAAACUGAGGAGAAGAGCACAGACGGCGGGGAGACGACGACAACAGACUCAGUAACGUCGGGGGCUCAGAGUAAAAUCUUGGACUCGAGUCUGUCUAUGCUUAUUAAAUCUGUGAAGAACAAGACGGAACAGUUCCACGCCCGCAAGAAGCAGAGGACGAAAUAGAGCAGGAACUUUGAUAAGAAAAUGUUUGUGCGAGAGUGUGUGUGUGGAACUGAACUCAUUUAUACAAUUUCUGAUGAACAGGUUUUCCAAGUCAUUAUGAUAAAAAAAAAAUAAAUCCCAUAAAAACA